AUGGUCGAAGUCAAGAAAUACAACCUCCCCCCUACAGCACUCAUCCCCAACUCGCCACAACCACUGCUCCACUACCCCGGCCUCCUCCAAGACCUCGACUGCAACGCCCCCGGCGUCCACGACACCUUCACCAAGAAUGGGUGGAAAACGCAAUGGAUUUUUCGCUACGGCCCUUCCCAGCGCUCACACUACCACUCCCGCGCCCACGAAUGCAUGGUCGUCCUCUCUGGCCGCGCCACCAUCCGCUUCGGCGUCGCCGACACCUCAGCCGACCUCUCGGCCUCGACGCACGGCCCCGCUCGUGAAUCCGGCGGCGUCGAGGUGCCCGCCCAGAAAGGGGACGUCUUUAUCUUGCCGGCGGGCACGGCGCAUAAGACCUUCGACACGACGCCGGGGGAGUUCAAGUUGCUGACGCCGGGGGAUGGGCAUGGGAUUGAGGCGGGGAAUGCGAGGGAGGCGUUGGGUAGUAUACAGCUCGAUGGCUUUACCAUGAUUGGCGCGUAUCCUGUUGGAGGCGGGGAGUGGGAUUUUGCGAAGGGUGGCGAGGAUGAGGGGGCGUAUGAGAAAGUAUGGGCUGUACCCAAGCCUGAGAGUGACCCUGUUCUAGGACAGGCGCCGGAAGGCCUUGUUGGGCAGUGGAAGUAA